ACGACCAAACAGGCCCGAAAUCCCCCGGCAUAGCUCCCAUUCGCCCCGGUCGGUCAGCUCGUAGCGUCUACUCGACGGCUGCAAAGCAUCUCCUUUCCUUGGCCGUCGUCCCCCUCGAAGCUCCAAAGCCGCUUGCUCCGUUCGAGUUCUCCUGCGCGGCGCCUCCCUCGUAUUUCGCAGCCACUCGGUCCACCUUCUGCAGUUACGCUGGCCGCGGCUGCUGCUCCGGGUCUCUGCAGCUUCGCUUGCUCCUGUGGCUGCGGCGACGAGACGGGCAGGCAGCCCGAGCCGAGGCGGCGCGGCUGACCUGGCGCGAGGUUCCGUGCAUUUCGCCUGUGCUUCGCGGAUUCAAAUCGCAUUGUGAGAUGGGCGGGGAGCUCUCGGUUGGCGGCGGUUCGCUUUUGAAUCAGGGUGGCGCGAUGGCGGUGAUUCGCUGCGGAAUUUGGGCCCGUGCGAGCGCGUGUUGAUUGUGCUGUGCCUGAUCUCGCGCGUGGAGUUCCUGCCCCAGAUUCGUUGCCGUUUUGGUGAUCUGCGCACUGCUGUGGAGUAUCCAGCGGACACACCAACCUCCCUCUGUCUCCCCGAUACACUUCUUUUUGUGGUAAUUUGGCUGUAAAGUUUCAUCAUUACCUGGGGUAAUGUUUGUGUGACCUUUAAUUCGUUGGUAAGUACUAGACCAAGGUGGAAGUUCAGAAGGAGUUGACUUGACUUUCUGACUUGAAUGGUUAGUUCUGAACUGACCAUUACACGGUUACAUGCUACUUCAGGCUGAAAAUAUAUUGAUUUGUGAAACUCAGACCAACUUGUCAUAUCAGUAUUGAGUUAUGAAGAAAUGGCACGGUGGUUCUGUCAUAGUAUCUUUGUUCGUAAUCUUAUUGUUAAGAUAUGUGAUAUUGGAUAGUCCGCUUGCGGAGAGAUCUCUUCAGAAUGUCUUCCAACAAAAUAGCACGACCCAGUUACACUGGUUAGAAGUUCCAAACCCACCUGCACUUCAGAAUCCAGAGAACUUCUCUCAAGUCAUAUCAACUGAAUUGUUAGCUUCCAAUCUUUCCAUAACAAGAAAUCUCUCUGAUAGAGAAAUACAGUCAUUGCAUUCUUGGAAUCAUCUGAGGGACCUAGUAAGUAAUGCCCACAUCCUACCAGAUGGAUUGGAUGCAAUCAAGGAAGCUGGAAUCGCAUGGAGCAAACUGAAUGCAGCACUUGAACAGGAUGAAUCGAUUGUUUCAGUCAAUGGAAGCACACAGCACAAAGACAAAGAGAAGCAAUGCCCAUAUUCUAUUCGUAGAAUGAAUGCUACAAGGUUAGGUGAUAGAUAUGUCUUAAAAAUUCCAUGUGGGCUUAUUCAGGGCUCUUCAAUAACUAUUAUUGGAACCCCUGGUGGUCUUCUGGGUGAUUUUAAGAUAGACUUGACUGGAGCUGCAGUCCCUGGUGAACCAGACCCUCCCAUUGUGCUUCAUUACAAUGUCCGUCUUCUUGGUGAUAAACUUACAGAAGAUCCUGUGAUUGUCCAAAAUACAUGGACUAUAGCUGAUGAUUGGGGUUCUGAACACCGUUGCCCAUCUCCUGAUUCGGAUGCUAAAGACAGCGCAAAAGUGGAUGAUUUAGAAAAAUGUAGUAGCAUGGUGGGCAAUGACCAGAAACAAUUCUUGGCAUCGAAGUUGCAUUCUAAUGCUUCGAGCAUGCAACCUACCAGGAAAAUGACUGCAGAACGUAAAAAAUAUUAUCCCUUCAGACAAGGAUAUCUUGCUAUAGCAAUUCUCCGUGUUGGAGCAGAGGGGAUCCAUAUGACUGUAGAUGGGAAACAUGUCACUUCCUUCGCACUUCGAGAGGAUUUGGAGCCUGGUUUUGUUGGUGAAGUAAGAAUUGCAGGAGAUAUUAAAUUGUUGUCUGUGAUAGCAAGUGGUUUGCCUACAACAGAGGACUUUGAGCAUGUCACUGACUUGGAAAUCUUGAAGGCUCCACCUGUCCCCAUGGAUAAAUUGGUUGAUCUCUUUAUUGGGAUAUUCUCUACAGCAAAUAAUUUCAAACGCAGAAUGGCAGUUCGCAGAACUUGGAUGCAAUAUGAUGCUGUCCGCUCAGGAAAAGUCGCAGUACGGUUCUUUGUUGGACUGCAUAAAAACGAGGUGGUGAAUGAGGAGCUCUGGAAUGAAGCACGGACAUAUGGAGACAUCCAGUUGAUGCCGUUUGUUGAUUAUUAUAGCCUGAUUCUUUGGAAGACCAUUGCCAUUUGCAUAUACGGGACAAAUGUGCUGUCAGCCAAGUAUGUGAUGAAAACAGAUGAUGAUGCUUUUGUUCGUGUAGAUGAGAUACUAUCCUCACUACAUCAAGCAAAUAUCAGCCAUGGACUGCUGUAUGGCCGUGUCAAUUCUAAUUCUCAGCCUCAUCGAGAUCCAUAUAGCAAGUGGUACAUAACUCCAGAGGAAUGGCCCGAGGAGAGUUAUCCCCCAUGGGCACAUGGCCCAGGAUACAUUGUAUCUCAGGAUAUAGCAAAAGAAGUUUACAGGAAACACAAGAGAGGGGAGUUAAAGAUGUUCAAGCUGGAGGAUGUCGCGAUGGGGAUAUGGAUCAAUGAGAUGAAGAAGGAAGGCUUGGAUGUCAAGUACCAGAAUGACGGAAGGAUCUUGGUGGAAGGAUGUGAGGAUGGGUAUGUAGUUGCCCAUUACCAGGAGCCAAGGCAAAUGAUGUGCCUCUGGGACAAAUUCCAGAAAACAAAGCGAGGAAGCUGUUGCAAAGAGUAAAACAAUCUUCUAUAUUCUGAUGGCUGUUGCCUGCUGACACCUAUCACAUAUGGCAAGCUUGACACAAUCCAUGGAAGAGGAGCCAGUUAGCCUCUCGUUGAUUGUUUCUGAUUGUCGACGAUAGACAGCCUUUUUUUGGAUGUUACCCACUUUUGUAUGUCUGCACUCUGGAGUACUUUCAAGGCUAACCACCAUAAUUUUUUUUGUAGAAGAUAUAGUAGGUUUCUUCCGUUUUGGCCACAGAUAGGAAGGUGUGGCUUCUUGUAACAUAUCUUACUAGAAUGUAGGAUUACAUUUUUAGGAUAGAUGAAGAGAUCCAGUGUUGCCAUUCUUUAUCAAUGAAUGCAUUUUGUAGCCGAUGUAAAGCUAUUGAUUGAGAACUGCUCUACAGUACUCUAAAAAUACACUCCCUUGCCAGUGCAUACCUGGAUUUAAGUUA